AUGCAACCAAACAAAACAGUAGAAAAUGCUCUUGCUACGGUUGGUGCUAUACUCUGGACGGUACAGGCGUUCCCGCAAAUAUACAAAUCAUUUCGAACGAAAUCUACAAAAGGAGUAUCAGCUCAUCUGAUGCUUAUUUGGGCGGUAUCUGCUCUCUUUUUCAUGGUUUAUACUAUCACCAGACGACUAUCCGUACCAUCAAUCAUCCAAGUCCACUUCUCUUUUGUAGUUUUUACGACAUCUUGGGUGCAAUGCUUGCAUUACACUUACGGAUACUCAAUCAAGAAAGCUCUAAGCUACGGUGGAAUCUGGACUGUGGUUUGUAUAGGAUUCGAAGUCGGGAGUAUAUUCGGACUUUGGGCCGCUCAGAAACAUGGAACUGAAAUUCCAAUGAGUGUUUAUGGGUAUAUGUCUUCGGUGGCCUCUGUCAUUGGACUUUUCCUAUUAUUCAGGACGACUUUGGAUUACUCAGCGAUGGUCAUCUACGUCUUAACUGCUGGUAUGAUGGUAAUUAUCAUUAUUCUCGCCUUGAUUCUCAAUCCUCGAGCUGCCAAGAGAAGAAGACUUGAAGGUGAUCAAACAACUAUCGAGACCACCACCCCUUCCAAGACCAAGACGAGAGCAGGAAUGGCCCAUACCGCAGCCGCUAGUAGCGAGAAGAUCCAGGUCCACUUGGAUGGUUCUGAUACCGACUCAGAGCCCGGAAGUGGUCCAUCUACUCCAACUGAAAUCGAAGCUCAUCAUGGUGUGCCCAUAUUGGGUUACUCUGGUAAUGAGACCCCACACGAGAAGCCUGUCAUGGAUCAUAUCGCUGUAGCUGCCAUGAAGGUGUAA